AUGGCGUCUCCCACUGCAGUAAAGAGCGUUCUUGUUGUCGGUGCGACUGGAUACAUUGGAGGCUCAAUCCUCUCUGAACUCUUACAAUCCCCAGAGGCGGCCGAAUUGAGCAUCUCAGCCUUGAUACGUCGACCAGAACAGGCGGCCCGACUCCAGUCUCUCGGGGUGAAGCCUCUGGAAUUCAAGGGCCUUGAUGACCUUGACGCUUGUAGAGACGCUGCUUCUCAGCAUGAUGUGGUGAUCAAUGCCGCAUCUGCAUCCCACGAUCGUUCUGCCAAGGCAUUGGUCGAAGGAUUGAGCCAGAGACAGAAAGCUACCGGCAGAGAUACGUACAUGAUCCAUACCUCUGGCACGUCGAUCCUCGGAGACCAUCCCUACACCGGUGCGCCGCAGAAUCAGAAAAUCUGGUCGGACGAAAAGGACAACAUCUAUGCAAUGGAGAAGAACCAUCCCGAGCGCUAUGGGCAACGGGUCACCGAUGUCGCCGUUGUCGAGACGGGAUUGAGUCUUGGUGUCAAGACGUAUAUCGUCGUCCCUCCCACUAUCUAUGGCAAAGGAUCCGGCCCUUUUGCGACUCUGAGUCAACAAGUGCCCAAUCUUGCACGCCUCGCCCGGAAACGAGGCCACGCGGCCGUCAUCGAGAGCGGAGCAGGAAUCUGGAAUCAUGUCCAUAUCUUGGAUCUGGCGACCUUCUAUCUCCUCCUCUUCCGGGCCGUGAGAGAGCAACCGAACUGGCUUCCAUGGGGCCCCAAGGCCAUCUUUUUCGUCGAGAGCGGAGAGCAUACAUGGCUGCAGGUCAGCCAAGGCAUUGUUGAUGCUUUGCACAAGCAGGGACUCUUAAACAACAAUGAAGUCGAGUCGAUCAGUAUGAAGGAAGCAGCAGCCGAAAUUACCGGGGGAGAUGAGAGUCUCGUGGAAAUCACUCUUGCAUCAAAUUCCAGGGCAAGAGCCGAUUUCGCUCGGAAUCGGCUUGGAUGGAAGACAUCCAGGGGAGAUGAAGACUUUCUGAAUCACUUUGAUGGGGAGAUUGAAGCCAUGAGUGAAGAGCUAAAGGCGUCCAACUAG